AUGGGGUUUAGAAAGGGGCACAGGAUGCUCAGAAAGCUGGCUGCUGACCUGCCGUGGAAACGGCUAGUUCGUUUCGUCCCACGGGCAGAUCCAUCAAAGGUCCUUAUUGGACAGCCUCAAGAUGACAACGUCGAUGUCGGCAUUGCUCUGCGGAGAGGUCACGACGUUCCCGUCAGUGUCUUCUCUGGCUCCUCCGUCCUGUCGCCGGGGAGGGAUACCGGGACCACUGCCGUCGUCGAUCGAGUCUUGUCUCCUCUGGCCAUGUCUGAGGUUGGGACUAUUCGAUGUAUUGGGUUGAAUUACAAGCAGCACGCGGCGGAAGUAAACAUGGCGCUGCCCACCGUGCCUACAGUCUUCAUGAAACCAAACACAUCGCUGGGAGACCCGUGGCCAGCGCCGACGAUACUACCCAGACUGACCCAACAAGACGACUGCGGCGACUACGAGGCCGAGCUAGCUGUCGUGAUCGGCAGGACCGCCAAGAACGUCUCCCAGGCCGAUGCCAUGGACCACGUCCUGGGCUACACAGCCUGCAACGACAGCCAGUGGUGUUUCUCCAAGGGCUUUGACGGCGCCUGUCCCAUCGGCCCGGCUCUCGUGUCUCCCUCACUCAUCCCAGACCCGUCGAAGCUGCACCUCCGCGGCCUGAAGAACGGAAACCAGGUCCUCCAGGACUGCGAGACCGACGACCUGAUCUUCUCCAUCCCUGCCCUAAUCAGCUUCUUGUCGCAGGGCACGACGUUGCCUCCUGGCACGGUGAUCAUCACGGGCACGCCGGCCGGAGUUGGCGUCGUCAGAAAGCCCAAGGUCACCAUCAGGCACGGCGACGAGUUUCACGUCGAGAUUCUGCCGUAUAUAGGCACGUUGGUGAACGUCUUUGAGAAUGGAGAGUGA